CCCUGGGCUUCCGCUCAAGCAAUUUCCAAUGGCUACCUCAGUAACACUGACAGCAUGCUCAGGCGGCUACCUUCAUCUUGUUUUUUGAGUCCUUUGAAGGCGCAAGGCGCUGGAGGCGGCUGGACUCUGGUCCUGGAGACAACUGGCUGCUGCCGGGACAGAGGGCGCAAACACGCAAGUACAGAGUACCUUUGUGCGCCGCUCAGCAGCUGUGAGAAAUUGUAUGGAAAUCAUCUUUACGACUUCUGAAGAUUGAAGCAGCGACAGCCACAAUUAGUUGCCUGGUUCUCUGAUCGGUUUAUAAUUGAGCAAUCGAAUGCUGGUUGAUUCAAACUUUGGUGCAAUUUGAAUUUUAAUCGGCGUAGAUAGAAGUCGAUCUGAUCAGUGCAAACAUGGAGGAGCUCUGUUUGACGCUUCACCAGCCUUGGGCUUCGUUAGUUGUCUACGGCAUCAAGCGCAUCGAAGGAAGGAAUUGGCCAACCAAACACAAAGGACGGCUGUGGAUACACGCUGCAUCCAAAACUCCUGACGGGGUUGACGCUGUGGAGGAGCUGUACCGAGAUAUCUAUGCUGCAGAGGGUGUUACUGAAGUGAAGUUUCCUGAGCACUACCCGACCUCCGUUCUGCUCGGCUGUGUUGAGGUCGUAGGAUGCUUGAGUAGAGAGGAUCUCAGCCAAGUCCACUCGCUUCCCGACUCCAUCAAACUUGAGCUGAUGUCAGAGUACGGCUUCCUCUGCGAGAAUGCUCAGCUGCUAGAGGCUCCCGUGCGGAUGCGCGGCUGGCAGGGCAUCUUCCACCUAGACCCCUCCGUCGCAAACCGCGCGCUUGCAAACCUCAAACCUUCGCUCCGCCCCAAACCCGUUCGGUUCGCCGACCACAUAACGCUGGAAAAAUUACAGAGCGCGGAAAGUUCGAGAAGUACAAGCCGGAGUAGGGGGCGGUUCAGCAGGCCGGACUUCGAGGGGAAAGAGAACGAGGGAGCCAGGGGUCGCAUAGGCAGCGAUUUGCCUUCCAGCAAGUCGGAUUCACAAACCGGGGGGACGAACUGGGAGGCGGUUCUGCCCCCUAGAGCGCUGGCGGCCAGGGCGGCUUUGAUGAACUCCAUGGGAAGAGGGCGCACUUCGACACGGGAGAGCAUUGGACCACAAUCAAGUACGGGCUUGAGGGGCAGGCUACGUGCCACGUGUCAGCCAUCAGGCGACGGAAACGUCGGAGUGGACGGUUCUAAGAGCAGCGGGAGGGGCCAAGCGAGAGAGGGCGUUCAGCAAGGGCGGGCAAACAGGGAGGAGCGUGCUGAAGGCAGCGGAAGGGUACUCCCCGGAGCCGCCGAGUCAGGGACUGCGAAAAGAGGGGGUUCUGUGGAAAGGUUUGAUUUGGAUCGGGCAAGCGGGGGGAAGUCACAAGACGGGGUCAACUUGAAUGAGGAUUUGGCAAAGCGGGUGAUGGAGACGGAAGGCAACGGAGAGGCGGACGGGCUCAAGCGGUUUGGCGCCCAGCUGUUGGCGGACUAUAGGCCCCCGGCUCUGGACAUAAGCGAGUGGCCGGUUCUGGGUGGUGCGAGGGAGCCCGCUCCGGAGUCGCUUCUGUCGCCCGGCUCUAACUCGCAUAAGCGGCGGGGAGAGGAGCCGGAGAAUUUGCUGGCUGAUGGCAGCUGCGGCGCGACGCCGUGGCUGGCGCGGGUGCGACUGAACAAAGCGCCGAAGCUAGAGGAUGCAGCCGUGGAUGAAAAGGCCGCGGGACGGAGUGAGGUCUUCGUUCCAAGACAGCUGCGGCAGAAGAGUGCCGUAGUCUCCCAUCAGCUCACAUGAGGUUCGUUCGUCUGAAAGUGCUUGCCACGAUGUGAGCGUGUGGGCCGCUGUUAUCGAGGUUUGAUGUCCGAGAUCAGGUACAGCGCCAGAAGCACCAGUGUUUGUCCAUUUAACCUUCUCACAAUUAGAAUCUAAUCGCAGGCAGCUCGCAACCUACAGUUGCAGAUUGUUUGACUCUUAGCCAGUGGCCGAGGCUUCAAACAGCUUGGAAACGACCUGUGCACGAUCAGCUAGAACCGUGCAUGACUGGAUGCCUACGGGCAUUCACUUUUGUCCUAGAUCUGAUUUUUGCUAAAAUUGCAUCCUUUCGACGG